UUAGUCGGUUAUUCCUUCGCCCUUUUCUCCGAUCCGAUCAGAUCCAACGGCUGCAACACAGAGGAUGAAGCUCGGGACGGCGGAGCAGCGGACGCUGGUCCUGGUGAACCUGGCUGCGAUCAUGGAGCGAGCCGACGAGGCGCUCCUUCCGUCGGUGUACAAGGAGGUGGGCGCGGCGCUGCACGCCUCGCCCACCGGCCUCGGCUCCCUCACCCUCUUCCGAUCCAUCGUCCAGUCCGCCUGCUACCCCCUCGCGGCGUACCUGGCCACCCGCCACAACCGCACCCACGUCAUAGCGCUCGGAGCUUUGCUUUGGGCGAUCGCCACCUUCCUCGUCGCCCUCUCCAACACCUUCCUCCAGGUAGCAAUUUCCAGAGGCUUGAAUGGAAUUGGAUUAGCACUUGUGACCCCAGCAAUUCAAUCCCUUGUUGCCGACUCCACCAAUGACACCACCCGUGGUACAGCUUUCGGAUGGCUACAGCUGACCGGCAAUUUCGGUUCUAUCAUCGGAGGCUUCCUAUCUCUGUCGUUGGCUUCCACUACCGUAAUGGGAAUCGCUGGUUGGAGAGUUGCAUUUCACAUUGUCGGUAUCAUAAGCGUGGUUGUUGGAGUACUCAUCCGGCUCUUCGCAGUUGACCCUCAUUUCAUCGACGAUCCCAAGCCGGCCAGUGAUCAUCUCUCAAGGAAGACGACUUGGGCAGAAGUCCUAGAUUUGCUCGAAGAUGCGAAGGGUAUCGUAAAGGUCCCGUCGUUUCAGAUAAUCGUGGCGCAGGGAGUGACCGGUUCCUUUCCCUGGUCGGCAUUAUCUUUCGCACCGAUGUGGUUGGAACUCAUCGGUUUCUCUCACAGGGGCACUGGAAUUCUCAUGGGCGUGUUCAUCGUUGCAAGUGCACUUGGAGGGCUGUUAGGCGGGGCAAUGGGGGACUUCUUCGCCGGUCGUUUCCCUAACUCCGGGAGAAUAGUUCUGUCUCAGAUCAGUUCUGCCUCUGCAAUUCCACUUGCAGCCUUGUUGAUGCUGGUCUUGCCAGAUGAUCCAUCCACGGGAGUGGUACACGGCCUCGUCAUGUUCAUCAUGGGCUUAAGCAUCUCUUGGAAUGCCCCGGCGACAAACAACCCUAUAUUUGCAGAGAUAGUGCCUGAGAAAUCAAGAACAAGUAUAUAUGCACUCGAUCGAUCUUUAGAGUCUGUUCUUUCAUCGUUUGCCCCUCCUACCGUCGGCAUUUUGGCUGAGCGUGUCUACGGCUACCGGCCAGUGGCCAAUGGACGAAGCAACAAUAGUAUCGAGGGAGACAGUGCAAAUGCUGCAUCUCUAGCCAAGGCACUUUACACAUCGAUAGCGAUUCCUAUGACGCUCUGCUGCUUCAUCUAUUCGUUCCUCUACUGUACGUAUCCGAGAGACAGAGGCAGGGCGCGAAUGGAUUCGGUGAUAGCAUCGGAACUGGAACAGAUCGAGUUGGAUAAUGCUCAGGAAAUGUUCAGAGAGUUUUCUGAGGUUCAGCUCUCUGAAAUUGAGAUGAAUGAGAACCAGAGAAGUGUGAUUGAUAUUGUUUAUGAGGAUGAAGACACUGAUGACAGCGAUGAGCGAACACUACUCGCCCACUAAGUAGAGUUUCCGAAUUGUAGUAGUAAAUAAUCAUAGCUAACCUUGUUUUGAACUUGCAUUAAAAACCAUUCAUAUUUGCAUUACAACUCAGUUGCUGUAAUUAACAACGAAACAAAACAGCUGAUUUUCGAGCACAAAA